CAGAUUACAGGCGCUUUCCUUCCUGUAGUUCUUGAGCAACUUGCUCGUGAAAACGGCUUCUUCUUCUCCGAUAAAGCCCAACCAUGUGUCGUGGUUCCCGGAUCAAAAAGUCCUGGCAGCGCACGGCCGCGAGAUGGCGCAGGCGGCCAGAAAGAGCAGUGUAUGAUAAACCUCCUUGGCAAGGAAAUGUCAACGAGUAGCUUUUCCUUGUAUACGUCUUCGGCAGCGGUACUUUUUCAGGCUAUCACGUUGAUCUGUUUCAGCUCAUUUGCGGAUCAUGGUACGAAUUCCUUCGAAAGAGAUAUCUUGUCAGGUCAGGCAAGCAAACCUGCACAGUUGACUAAUCGAUGGUGAACAGGUCCAUAUCGCAAAAAGAUGCUGAUGACCUCCUCGUAUGUGGGGUCAGUUUCUAGCUGCCUGUUCAUCGUCAUUACACCGUCAAUAUACUAUCUCGCGCCCAUCCUCGUGAUUAUUGGAAUUACCAGUCUUGGCUGCUCGUUCGUCCUCCUCAACGCUUUCUUGCCUCUCCUCGUGGCCAAUUACUCUGAUAGUGAAACAUCAAAACCCAGCUCCCCGUCCGCAUCAUUUUCUAAUCUGGAGUUUGAAUUGGAAGACCUGGAUCCACAAUCCAAACACUCGGUGCAUAAACCAGACCCUGACCGACUAGCCCGCGACCUCGAGCGCUCGGCCCAAAUCUCGAGUAAUGGCGUGGGAUAUGGGUACAUGUCCGCUGUCUUUGUGGAGGUUGUCAGUGUCCUCAUUCUUUGGCUUUUCUCCAAAACCAACAUUGGACAAACAAACCCUAGUUUGCCAAUUCGCUUCAUUCUGCUUCUUGUCGGCAUAUGGUGGGCAAUAUUUUCGGUCCCUACACUUCUAUGGCUACGACCACGUCCUGGUCCCCCUUUGCCGACGCAAUCUCAGAAUUUGGGACCUCAAGGCGCCUCUAAGAUCAGAACGUUCUUAUUCUAUACACAAUUUUCGCUGCGCUCAUUUUGGGGUACCCUGCGCCGUGCAAUCCGCCUCCGCCAAACCUUGUUGUUCUUGGUCUCAUGGUUUUUACUAUCCGAUGCAGUUGCAACAAUAUCUGGGACAGCUGUCCUUUUCGCCCGUACAGAACUGCACAUGUCGACUAUCGCGGUCGCGCUCCUCUCUAUAACAUCUAUCGGCUCUGGCAUUCUGGGCGCGUUUGUCUGGCCUCGCAUCCAACAGUCAUGGUCUUUGCAGCCGAAAACAAUUCUAUUGUUAUGCGUCGCCGGCAUGGAAAUCAUACCUCUGUACGGAUUGCUAGGGUACAUUCCCAUCUUCCAAAAAUUAGGGUUUAUAGGACUCCAAAAAUCAUGGGAAAUCUUUCCUAUAGCUGUGAUACACGGCGUGGUCAUGGGCGGUAUAUCUAGCUAUGGCCGGUCUGUGUAUGCGUCGCUUAUCCCUGAGGGGAGUGAGGCAGCGUUCUUCGCGCUCUUUGCAGUCACAGACAAAGGGAGCAGUGCUUUCGGACCUGCGUUCGUCGGAUGGAUUGUGGAUCAGGCGGGGACGAUACGUCCUGCUUUUAUCUUUUUGGCGGUCCUGGUUGUGCUACCGGCACCUUUGCUUUGGAUGUUGAACGUCGAGAAAGGGAGGGAGGACGCGAGACUGUCGGCGAAGGGAGAAGACGAGGGGAGAGGUCGAUAUGAGAUGGUUUGUGCAGAAUGAGUGGAGAGGGGAUGACCAAAAGGUAGCUCUCGGGCGAAGGCGCGAGCAAACAGACAAAAACGCGCAAAAAAAAAGGCUAUGCGCGAUUACGCAGAAGUCU